AUGGCACCUGGAACGGCGCUUGAAAUCGUUAAUUUGGUUUUCCAAGAUUUGAUAGAUUACAAACUUCCUUUUGGAGGAAAAGUUGUUAUUUUAGGUGGCGAUUUUCGUCAAGUUUUACCCGUUGUACGAAAAGGUUCUCGGUGUACAGUUAUCGAAACCUUUAAACUAGAGCGGAAUAUGCGAGCUAUUACUGAUCCGGACUUUAGUCAAUGGCUUUUAAACGUAGGUAAUGGUGUUAUUACUAAACCAUCAUCUGCUAAAACAAACUUUUCUAUUAAAAUACCGAAUUCAUUUUUGUCAAAUAAUAUAGUAACAGAUAUUUUUGGAACAAGUUUUACAUAUACUGAUGUACAAAAUAUUUCUCAACGUGCAAUUCUUUGCAUGUACGUAAAUAUUCCAGUAGAAUAUUUGAAUAGCUUAAAUCCUCCUGGAUUGCCCCCAUUUAAAUUAAAUAUUAAAUUAGGUUGCACUGUAAUGUUAUUGAGAAAUUUAUCUGAAUUCGUCAAAAUGUCAUAUAAUGUAAAAUCAUUAAUGGAUCGUUUAUAUCGAAUAUCUUUAGAUACAGCAAACGACCCCGCUCUCCCGUUUAAUUUUGUUAGACAUCAGUUUCCAUUGAACCUUACGUAUGCUUUGACGAUAAAUAAAUCUCAGGGCCAAACCUUUGAAAAAGUAGGAAAUUACCUCGAAGAUCCCUGUUUCUCUCACGGCCAACUUUAUACUGGUUGUUCGAGAGCUAUGAAUUCUAGCUCUUUAAAAAUCCAAAUUAAAAAUAACACCCUGCAAGGAGAGUUUAAAUUUGUCUAUAAAUAA